GAGGGAUGGCUGCGGCCCCCUGGCACUGCAGAACGACUUCCAGGGGCAGCACCGAGACGAAGUCAGCGGGCAGGUGGUUUCGCAGCGGCGGCUCUGUGCGCCCUGGCCCUGCCACAGCGCCGGCUUCGGCGCACGGCACGUGGCGCCGUGGACGCCAUGGACGCCAUGGACGCUGGUGGCGUGCCACGGCGAGUGGCACUAG